CUAUUCCGUGCCCACCGUCAUCCAAACGCGGAACCUGCUCCUAAAUGCACGUUGAAGCGUCGACAGCUCACCAACGUGGCAUAUAAAUGCCGGAUGUCUCUCGGUAAUUCGAGAUUCAUGUCUAUUGAAGCUUUGAGUGAACGAGGAUCUAGUGAGAUUGAAAUACACUGGGCCAUAGAAGCGCCCGCGGAAUAUCCCCGCCUACUUCCCCAGAAACCAAUUUAGCAUCGGUAACUCCAACCAAUUCAAGGCAUAAAUAUAUACGGUCGUUUUCCCCUCGUAUUGUUAUAUAAGAAGGCGACAGCAGCUCUGGAGCUUUUACUUGCAUCUUUUUUUGUAUCUACCGCCUGCGAAGAUCUCCUCCAAAAUGGGUUACCAAGUUGUCGGCAUUGCGAUUGCCGCUGUGAUAUAUUUAUUUGUUAAAUACUUGAACCACACCGACACGCCCAAAAUUAAGAACCUACCUGAGGUUCCUGGACUUCCUCUGUUUGGUUCUCUCCUUAAAUUCGGCAGCGAUCAUGCUACAGCGGCAUACAAUUACUCGAAGACAUAUGGCCCGGUGUUCCAAGUCCGCCUAGGCAACAGGAGAAUUGUAUUUGCCAAUACCUUCGAUUCUGUUCGCCACCUCUGGAUCACGAACCAGUCGGCUCUCAUCUCCCGCCCUACUCUUCACACCUUUCACACGGUCGUCUCCUCCUCGCAAGGUUUCACUGUCGGGACAUCCCCGUGGGACGAGUCAUGCAAAAACCGUCGCAAGGCUGCUGCCACUGCUCUAAACCGCCCAGCUGUCCAAUCCUACAUGCCAAUUCUUGACCUCGAAUGCAACGUAUCCAUCAAAGAAAUCUUCCAGGAUUCCAAGGACGGCACUGUCGAUAUUGAUCCCAUUGCAUACUUCCAGAGAUUUGCCCUGAACACAAGUUUGACACUCAACUAUGGCUCAAGAAUUGACGGGAAAAUCGACGAUGAACUGCUGCAAGAGAUUUGUCACGUUGAGAGAGUCGUGAGCAACUUCAGAAGUACUAGCAACAACUGGCAGGACUACAUUCCGCUUAUGAGGUUGUGGCCAAGCAGCAGCAAGGGACCGAAAGAGUACAGAGAGCGCAGAGACAAGUACUUGAGCUUUUUACUGGCUAGGCUCAAGGGCGAGAUCGAAAGAGGAGUUGAUAAGCCUUGCAUUACUGGCAACAUUCUCAAAGACCCGGAAGCGAAGCUUAGCACAGACGAGAUCAAGUCAAUCUGUCUUACCAUGGUCUCUGCAGGUCUCGAUACCGUGCCAGGGAACUUGAUUAUGGGAAUCGCAUACCUCUCGUCACCUCACGGCCAAGAAAUCCAAAAACGUGCCUACGACGAAAUUAUGAAAGUAUACCCCGAUGGAGAUGCCUGGGAGAAGUGUAUUUUGGAGGAGAAGGUAUCCUAUGUCACCGCCUUCGUUCGUGAGGUGCUUCGCUUCUUCAUCGUCAUUCCCAUCUGCCUGCCACGAACGAGCAUCAAGGACAUCAAGUACGAAAAUGCAGUCAUCCCUGCCGGAACAACCUUCUACAUGAACGCAUGGGCCGCAGACUAUGAUGCGACUCAUUUCAAGAGUCCCCAGGAAUUCUCCGUUGAGCGCUAUCUCGACAAUCUGGAGGGUUCCGGUGGCACUCCUCACUUUGCCUACGGUGCUGGAUCUCGUAUGUGCGCUGGCUCGCACCUUGCCAACCGCGAAUUAUACGUCGCGUUUGUCCGCAUGAUAAUGGCUUUCCACAUUGAUCCGGCUCAGAAGCCAGAGGAUCUUCCUAUCCUGGAUGCGUUGGGAUGCAACGCUAUUCCAACGUCUCUGACAACUGAACCAAAGCCAUUUAAGUGUGGUUUCCGCGCCAGGGACUCAGAAUCACUCAAGCAGUGGAUCCAAGAGAGCGAAGAUAAGACGAGACACUUGUCUACCUGAUGAUUGGGGCAUGAUAAAGGAGUUGGGGGGAUGUUUUCCAAACUGCCCGUUCGGUGGCAACGUUUCCAGAAGAUUUGCAGUUACAGUGUUGAGGGAAUUUCAUGUCGAGUCACGGCCUCGACACUCCUUUUCACAGUAGGCUCAAAUACUUAUACCCUGGGUGUGCAGUUAAAUGUAAAUAGACCGUUACUGUUAUGGGUUGAAUAAGCAAAAAUUAUCUUAA